UCCGCAAACAGAAUGAUGGAGUUCAAUCUAAAAGUAUUGAAACCCCGGUUUUUAUUUACGAUAGUAAAACCUGAGUAAAUCAGUUUACGCGAAUCGAUAUAGCUGUGACACGAUUUCUGGAUAAAUCUGAAAUGUUAUGACUGUGUACAAUGUUUAAAAUGCCACAAGUGGUGACAAAAGUGAUUAUAUUUUAAAACUUUUUGGUGUUGAUUGAUAAAACUAUAUAAGUGAAAAUAUUAAAUGCUUAUGGAUUAUUUGACGUUACAGAUUUCAAGUACGUGUUUUGUUAAAUGUUCGGUACAUCCGCUGAAUCGCGCUACAGAGAUUGUUUUGUGCAUACAUAUAAGGUGAAGGGAGUAAUGCGCCUGCGGUGAUGUUCUCUCUACUAUGCAGUGGAACGGUCUCUACUUCGUGUGUCUAGCUUUAUGCUGCCUACACACCGCAUCAGAACCACUACGGUUUCCUGAGGAUUACCAGUCAAAUGGUGUCAGAAGUAGACGCAGCGAUGACAGAGACAGCCUGGCGCUGUCUAGAGAAAUAUUCAGGAACAUUACGAAGCAACUCCGAGAGAAUAUUAGAAGAGAAGGGGCCACAGACAGAAGUGACUUAUUACAAAGUAAGGUAGAAGAGCCGCGACACAAUGUGCAGUACCCGAGCUACCACGACCACCACCACGAGCACCACUGGGGACCGUUCUUCGAAGACGAGAAAUACACCCAAGUGACUGCUCACGUCGGCUCCGAGGCCCUGCUCAACUGCAGAGUCGUCAUGCUGAAGGACAAGACGGUUAUGUGGAUGAGAAACUCGACAGAUACCGCACAACUGCUCACAGUGGGCCCGGCCCCUUACACGGGGGACAAUAGGAUAGCCGUGAAGUUUCAGUACCCCAAUAAUUGGAGAUUAAGUAUGAACCCAGUCAAGAGAACUGACGCGGGCAACUAUAUGUGCCAAAUAUCUACACACCCGCCGAGAACUAUAUUUGUUAAUCUUACAGUGUUACCGCCAGUGCUAACUAUAAACAGUGAUCACACGCACGCCGUAAAAGACAUGUUCUACAAAGCGGGAAGCUCAAUCAAACUCUCGUGUAUCAUAUCAGAAGAAUACGUCGCAACUUUACCGACAAAAGCGCCUGCUGCCACGCUCACGCCUUCCACAUCAACAACCGCUGUAACAACAACAACUGAAUUAACAACAAGAAUGAGCACCGUAUUUAAUAGAAUAGAUUUAAUGAUGAACAAAAGUUGGAGCGUUGAAACAACGACCGUCACUUCAACAGUUAGCAUAAGUACUACAACAAAGGCACCGGAGGCGGAGACUACGACUGUGUUGACUACAGUAAGACCAACCCCACCCCCGGUCGAGAAUAAUAUCUACGACUUAGCUUGGAAGAAGCAGGGCAAAGAAUUCUUUGACAACGUCACGUUUCGCAAUUUGAGCGCCACAAUCAACGUCGCAUCUGCAUCGCAAAAUGACAGCGGCACAUACACCUGUAUUCUACAGAACCAUUCUCAAGUUGUCGUCAAUGUUCACGUGCUGAUUGGAGAGAAUCAAGCGGCAGUACACCAUGAUACAUGGAAUAAAGGGACAUUGUUUUGGCAACCUCAAAAGUUAUAUAUAAUUUCAAUCGUACUUUUGCUAAAUUCUUUCACAUGAAAGAAAAUUGUUAAGUGACAGCAAGUGGAAUGGUGUGGUAAAGUUAGCCUUUGUUUUAAGUAGUUAUUCUGACAAUAUUGUCACAGAAAGGUGAAAGAUAAUAAUGAAAAUAUCUCCAGAAAAUAAUAAAGGAAACAAUGUAUUUAAAAAAAAAACCAGUCAUCGUCAAUAUUAAGUUUGCAAUUGUCUUGAUAAUGUUACACUAAAAAUAUUGGAGCUAAUACUUUUUUUAUGAAAACAUCUCUGAUUUUGGAAUUAAAUGUGGG